AUGGAAUCCUCAUCAUUAAUUCCAACAAGCGGAGAUGAUACGAUAGAAGAGGUGGGCACCGGCGUCGUCAACAACGUCGCGGCGGCGCCACCUCCAGAUUACACCAACAACAACAACGUAAGGAAAGCGAGGUUCCGAUCCACACUGGCCGCUCUUCUGGACGAUCCCAUACUUGCCGAUGUGCCCAAGAACCCAACAUUCUCAGAUGUUGACACCCUCAUCAGCUUGGAGCUCGGCAGCGCCAUGCGUAUUUCCGUCCUUAAAUUGGACGGAACAAGUAUUGAGGUGGCCCUGAUGAACUCUGCGACGGUGAAGAACUUGAGGUUGGCAAUUCAGAAAAAAGUCGAUGCAAUUGAGCAGUCUCAGAUGGGAUAUCGUCACAUUUCAUGGAAGCACGUCUGGGAAAACUUUUGUCUUUCAUUUCACAAUGAAAAAUUGUUGGAUGAUAAUGCUAUCCUUGAGAGUUAUGGCAUUCGGAACAACUCCCAGGUACAAUUUAUUCCGUACGUAAAGGCAAGAGCUAUUAAAAGGCAUUCCAAGAGGAGAAAGCAUCGCUUCCUUCAUAGUCUUAAGAACGGCACUUAG